UAGUUUAGACAAGCUUUAAAAAUACAACAAUAUACGCGUCACGUUUUCCGCAAUACUAGGCUAACGUCUGUUUAAUAUUGUAAUUUAAUCAAGCAUAUCUCACUAAUGAGUGUCAACAGCCACGGUGUUUCUGGAGGGUCAAAUAUUGUGUAGAACCGUAGUUCGUUUAUUGUAGUUCAAGACAGGAACUAUGGCGGAGGCGGUGGUCAGUGGGGUUAGGGCUGAUGUUAACUCCGGUGAAAGCUCAGCAACUAAUGCAAUGGCAUAUUUGCAAGAUGAGAAGCCUGAUUCGGAUUUGGAUCCUGCCCUUAACCUGGGUGAUUUAGACUUGACCACUGAUGAGUUUAUCUUGGACGAAGUAGACAUACACAUCCAGGCCAAUCUUGAGGAUGAUUUGGUGAAGGAAGCCCUGAAAACAGGGGUUGACCUCAGGCAGUACUCGAAGCAAGUGGAAGCUGAGCUCCAACGCAUUGAACAGGCCUCGAUUAAAGACUAUAUUAAAGAAAGCCAGAACAUUGCAUCGCUUCACAACCAGAUAACUGCAUGUGAUUCCAUACUGGAGCGUAUGGAGGAGAUGUUGAGCAACUUUCAGAGCGACCUGUCCUCCAUCAGCAGUGAGAUCCAGACGUUGCAGCAGCAGUCCGUCAGCAUGAACAUGCGUCUGAAGAACAGGCAGGCGGUGCGGAGCCAACUCAGCCAGCUGGUGGAUGAGCUAGUGGUGCCCGGAGCCAUGAUCUCUGUAAUACUGGACAGCCCUGUUACCGAGCAGGAGUUUUUGGAGCAGCUUCAUGAGCUCAACAACAAGAUCAACUUUGCCAAGGAGCUCAGCUUCAGAGAGACCCUGGCCUGCUCCGACAUCCAGGACAUUGUGGACAGACUCAAGAUCAAGGCAGUGACAAAGAUCAGAGAGUUCAUCUUGCAAAAGAUCUACUCCUUUAGGAAGCCCAUGACCAACUACCAGAUCCCUCAGAACAACCUGCUCAAGUUCAGGUUCUUCUAUCAGUUCUUGCUGGCUAAUGAGAGGACGGUUGCUAAGGAGAUCAGAGACGAGUAUGUGGACACCAUGAGCAAGAUCUAUUACAGCUACUUCAAGUCCUACAGCAGUCGCCUCCUCAAGGUCCAGUAUGAGGAUGUGGCAGACAAGGAUGACCUCAUGGGUGUGGAGGACACAGCUAAGAAAGGUUUCUUCUCCAAGCCGUCCCUGAAAAGCAGGAACACCAUCUUUACUCUGGGCCAGCGGGGGGCAGUGUUGAGCCCUGCAGAGCUGGAGGGGCCCAUCCUCAUCCCGCACACUGCUCAGAGAGGAGACGUCAGGUACCCCUUUGAGACGCUGUUCCGUAGCCAGCACUUUGCCCUGUUGGACAAUGGUUGCCGUGAGUACCUCUUUCUGUCCGACUUCUUCAUGGUGGCUGGCAACUCGGCGCUGGACCUCUUCAACUGCAUCAUGGGAAAAACACUCGGCAUGUUUCUGAAGAACAUAUCCACCUACGUGUCUGACUGUUAUGACAGCAUUGCUGUGUUUCUAUGCAUCCACAUCAUCCUGCGAUUCAAAACCAUCACCGCUAAGAGGAACAUCCCCUCCCUGGACAAGUACUGGGAGGCAGUGCUGGAACUGCUGUGGCCGAGGUUUGAGCUCAUCCUGGAGAUGAAUAUCCAGAGCAUCCGCAACACUGACCCUCAGAAGCUGGGCGUGCUGGACACAAGACCCCACUAUAUCACACGACGCUAUGCGGAGUUCUCCUCCGCCAUCGUCAGCAUUAAUCAGACAUUCCCCAAUGAGCGCACCCAUACCUUGCUGGCUCAGCUCCAGGUCGAAGUGGAAAACUUUGUCCUAAAAAUGGCUGCCGAGUUUCCCUCCAGAAAGGAUCAGCUCAUAUUCCUCAUCAACAACUACGACAUGCUGCUCAGUGUUCUAAUGGAGAGGGCAGCUGAUGACAGUAAGGAGGUAGAGGGCUUCCAGCAGCUCCUCUUGGCUAGAAACCAGGAGUUCAUUGAGGAGAUUUUGUCACCCCCCUUUGGUGGCAUGAUUGCGUUUGUGAAGGAGAGCGAGGGCCUGAUGGAAAGAGGUCAGCUGGAUCGGCUGAAGAAUGAUGAAGCACGGAUCACUCAGCUGGUGAGGGGCUUCUCCAUCACCUGGAAGCAGUCAGUGGAGGCCAUGAGUCAGGAUGUCAUGAGAUCCUUCACCAACUUUAAAAAUGGCACCAGCAUCAUUCAGGGGGCGCUGACUCAGCUCAUCCAGUACUACCAUGGCUUCCACAAGGUCCUCUCUCAGCCCACGUUCCGCAGCCUGGCCGUGCGCUCCGAGCUCAUCAAUCUGCACCAUCUGAUGGUGGAGGUGAAGAAGCACAAGCCCAACUUCUGAUUGGAGGACUGAGACCCUGAAGAGCUAAGCUAAUUUACACAAACCCAACUUCUGAUUGGAGGACUGAGACCCUGAAGAGCUAAGCUAAUUUACACAAACCCAACUUCUGAUUGGACGACUGAGACCCUGGAGAACUAAGCUAAUGUACACAAACCCAAGCCAGUUUGGGACAACAAGGAGGUGAUGUCAGUGCGGCCUGAGUCAACACAUCCCUGUACCCAUGAGAAGACAUCAGAGGAUCCAGAGGACCCUUUGGUCUUAUAAACUGCACUUGCACUCUAAUGACAGUUUCCCUUGCGGUUGUGGGGUCUGGAUUCAGAAUAGGAUGCUACUGUAUACCAUUGGAGGGAGAGAACUGGUUUGCAGGAGACGCACUGUUGGAGAACGCUAACACUGGAUUAGGAGGUAGCUCUACAUUUUCUGUGGAAGCUGCUGGCAUGUAAGGAGCUGAAAUAUAAUGUAUAUAUGCGCUUUGUAUGUACAAUAAGGCAUUCCAUAUGUUUAAACCACGUAGCAGUGGGAGCUUUGGAAGCAUUUCAAUGGGUAUUCCAUUAUGAUUAAUAUAUUUAACUUAAGCAGAUAUAUUGGUGAUUAUUGUGGUUACAUCAUGUAUUGUUUCAGGUGGAAGUGCUCUAUCUGUCAAAAAAGUGAAUCUCUUGCAAUUCAAAAUUAUUCUGAUUACUGUUUUUGUUGUUAAGCAAGAUUGGUUUGCCUAUUUACAAUAAAGACAAGAAAGUGAUUUUAACUGAUGUAUUUCUUCAGAUAAUCUUUUGUCAAUUUAUAGUUCUGUGAAAACGGCCACCAGAAUAAAUAUCACCAAAUGUGAGUGAUAAACGUU